AUGUCCAUGUUAGAGGAGAUUGAUUUGAGUGAAAACAAUUUUCAUGGUGCUAUUCCUUGGCAAUUGGGUCAUCUCUCGAAUUUGAUAAUGUUAAGCCUUGGUUCUAACCACCUUAUGGGUGAAACACCACUUUCAAUCGGUAAUAUGUCCAUGUUAGAGGAGAUUUAUUCGAGUCAAAACAAUUUUCAUGGCGCUAUUCCUUGGCAAUUGGGUCAUCUCUCGAAUUUGAUAAUGUUAAGCCUUGAAUCUAACAACCUUAUGGGUGAAAUACCAUGGUCACUCUUCAACGUAACUAGAUUACGACAAUUUUCCCUUACAAAUUAUAGCCUUUCAGGAAAUCUUCCAUCAAGUUUUGGCCUUUGGCUUCCAAAUCUUGAUAUUCUUUAUCUUGGUUACAACCAAAUCAGUGGAAUAAUUCCCAACUCAAUCUCAAAUGUCUCCCAACUAGUUGAAAUCGAUCUAUCCAGUAACUUGCUUUUGAAAACACUGAUCAUACAAGAUAAUCCUCUAAAUGGUAUUCUUCCAAAAUCCAUAGGAAAUUUUUCCAGCUCUCUUGAAGAUUUCAUUGCAAGUGCCUGCCAAAUAAAAGGAAUAAUUCCUAGAGAAAUUGGAAAUUUGAUCAACUUGGUUCAAUUGGGCCUAGGAUUUAAUGACUUGACAGGGUCAAUUCCGGUAACAUUUGGACAGCUACUGAAACUCCAGGUGUUGGAAAUUGCUAUCUAUCGCGGAACAGUUUUUCUACUGCAAUCCCAAGUCAUUGGAGAAACUUUUGUUAAUGUUUCGUUCAAUAGACUAAGUGGAGAAAUUCCAAAUGGAGGACCUUUUUCAAAUUUCACGUAUGAAUCUUUCAUGCAGAAUGAUGGACUAUGUGGAGCACCACAGUUCCAUGUCAGAAAAUGUGCAAGCCCCCAAAAAUCACAGAAGACAGAAAUUCUUCUAAAAUAUAUUGUACCACCAAUUGCCUCAUCGGUAAUUGUAGUGGGUUUUCUAGUUGGAUUGCUAAGAUGCAAAAAGAAAAGCAGGCAACUUCCAAUCCAAUGUGAUUUACCACUUGGUGUAACACAUAGAAGGAUAUCACACCAAGAGAUUCUUUAUUCAACAAACUACUUCAGUGAAGUCAAUUUGAUCGGCAAGGGAGGCAUUGGUUCAGUAUACAAGGGGAUAUUCACUGAUGGAAUGGUGGCUGCAGUGAAGGUUUUCAAUUUAGAGCAACAAGGUGCAUUCCAGAGUUUCGAUGCAGAGUGCGAAGUAAUGCGCAACAUUCGGCACCGGAAUCUUGUCAAAAUAAUCAGCAGUUGCUCUAACCUCGAUUUCAUAGCCUUGGUGCUAGAAUAUAUGCCUAAUGGGAACCUUGACAGGUGGUUGUACUCUCACAACUAUUGCUUGACUAUUGUCCAAAGGUUGUGCAUUAUGAUAGACGUUGCGUCUGCAGUAAAGUAUCUCCAUCACGGUAGUUCAACUUCAACCCCUGUGGUGCAUUGUGACUUGAAGCCGAGCAACAUUCUAUUAGAUGAAGACAGGGUCGCACAUGUAGGUGAUUUCGGCAUAGCAAAGCUCUUGAUGGAGAACAAUUCAAUGGGUCAAACAAAGACAUUAGGCACCAUUGGGUAUAUGGCACCAGAGUACGGUUCGGCUGGGAUAGUAUCCGCUAUGGCAGAUGUUUACAGUUACGGGAUUUUGUUGAUGGAAACAUUUACAAGAAAGAAGCCCACAGAUGAUCUAUUUCUGGGAGAAUUGAGUUUGAAGCAUUGGGUGUGUGAGUCUUUCCCUAGUGAAAUGCUGGAGGUUGUAGAUGCAAAUUUACUUAGAGGAGAGGAAGAAAAUUUUGCUUCUACAAAGAAUUGUCUGUCAUCCCUCUUGGAACUAGCCCUAGAAUGCACCACGGACUUACCCGAGGAGAGGGUUAACAUGAAAAAUGUCCUAGCUAGGCUCAAAAAGAUCAAAAUCACGUUUCAUGAGAACGUAAGGACUUGAAUGAAGCCACUAAUCUAGCUAAGUUUCGGGAUGGUGUACUCACUUAGAGAAGAAAUAUUCGUAUUCUAUUUGAUAUGUUUCACAAAUAAGGCUUUUGCAUACUUUCAACUAUUCUUGGCAAUUCCUCAUAUGUAUCAGAGGCAUGCUUAAUAUAGUUAGUGAUAUCUGUAUGAAAUAUGACUCCAAAAGAAUUUCUAUUCGUAGGCUUCUCUUCCUUUCAGACACACUGUAUGUAAUGUUACCAAAUGUUCCUAUUUAUUGGGACAUAGAUGAAGUUUCAAUGGUUAUAGUAGUGGGAUAUGCCUGCCCUAGCAUAGCAAAUUCUUAUUUUGGAUUGUAAAAGUCAUGGUUCCUUAUCUUAAUAUUAUUAUUAAAUCAUUAUACAA